AUAAAAGUUCACUCUGAACUCCUCACGGUGGCCAGAUUGUUUUUAUAACGUAUGGUACGUCCUACGUCAUCACGUUGACCGGACCGAAGCGGAAGUGAACACGUGUGGUUGAAGGGAAUCACCACGCUCGUUGAAAGAGGCCACGGACCGUAUUCAGGAUCAGAAGUGAAGACAUCCUCUCUCAGUCAGCAUGGCAGUCAGAGCAUCGUUUGAGAAGAACAACGAGAUCGGCUGCUUCGCUAAGCUCACCAACACGUACUGUCUGGUGGCUGUCGGCGGCUCGGAGAACUUCUACAGUGUGUUCGAGGGGGAAUUGUCAGAAACCAUCCCAGUGGCUCACGCUUCCAUCGCAGGCUGUCGCAUCAUAGGGAGGAUGUGUGUGGGUAACCGUCAUGGUCUUAUAGUGCCCAACAACACGACAGACCAGGAGCUGCAGCACAUCAGAAACUGCCUGCCAGACGAAGUGAGGAUCCAGAGAGUCGAGGAGAGGCUGUCUGCUCUCGGCAACGUCAUCGCCUGCAACGACUACGUAGCGCUGGUCCACCCCGACCUCGACAGGGAGACAGAGGAGAUCCUUGCAGACACUCUGAAGGUGGAGGUUUUCCGUCAGACGGUAGCAGAGCAGGUCCUGGUCGGCUCCUACUGCGCCUUCAGCAACCAGGGAGGCCUCGUCCACCCAAAGACGUCCAUAGAAGACCAGGACGAGCUGUCGUCUCUGCUGCAAGUUCCCCUCGUGGCCGGCACAGUGAACAGGGGCAGCGAGGUGAUCGCGGCGGGGAUGGUGGUCAACGACUGGUGCGCGUUCUGUGGCUUGGACACCACCAGCACCGAGCUGUCGGUCAUCGAGAGCGUCUUCAGACUGAGCGACUCAGCGCAGCCCUCCGCCAUCGCCACCAGCAUGAGGGACUCGCUGAUCGACAGCAUGACGUAAGCUGCCUCUGUAGUUUCCUGCCGGUGAAGAGCUCUGCUGCGGUCCACAUGGUCUCUCGCAUGAAGCCAUCAAGCUGCUGGACCUCAUUUCUCAACUCGAAGCACCUCCGUACACACAGUACACUUCACUUUCACUCAGAAGUCACUGCUCACACCUGCAGCCACAUUACGGCCAUCAUUUUGUACCUUUUUUUUUUUUAGCAUUUGGUUUCAUCUUUCUAAAACGUUUCUUCUGCUUACCUCGGUCAUUUUUUUAAAUCAACUUUUCUGGAAAUGAUCAGUUUCCAGGGCAGAGAAAAACAUCCACCACCUCUUCUCUAAUGUUGCAUUCACACAUUUAACGUUUUCUCCCAGUUUGGAUAGAUCAAAAGUGGCCGAGGCUGUGCUAAAAGGUGUUAAAAAAACAAAUUAAAUUCUGUGCCUGCAUCAUUAAAAAGUGUACGUCAGCCAGGAAGCAUGUAAGGGAUUCCCAUCGACACACACCACACAUCUGCCAACUCUAUCACCGUGUUUCCGAUGCUUGAAGAAAGUAUCUCACGUUUUGUCAAAAUCCAACAUUAAUUUAGAAGUAAGGAUGUUAUUGAAGGAUAAAGAGUGAUGUUUUGUCUGAACCAGGUCUGAAAUCACUUGAUUUGAUGAUGUAUCUGUCCAGCGAACUGAGAAUGUACAACAUGCAGUAUGAUGAAGUGUGUGUUUGGAGUGUCAGUGCUCUGGUAUGUAAUGUCUACAUUAAAUUACCAGAUUAAAGCAGAGAUGGAUGUUUUCAUCAGACUGUAUGAAAUGAGACGGAUUCAGACGUGGGAUAGUUUUUACUUCAAGUCUCUCUGCCGGGGGGAACUCUAAACAUGGUUGAUAUUUCUUAACGAACAGUACGUCUCGUCUGUCUUGUAAAAUAAAAUAAAUCACCCUCUUUUUA